AAUUUCCCCCACUGUGCUACCAUGGGCAUGCAGUUUUCGCACGCGAGCUUUGAUUAUUGCCUGCCAUCGGUGCUUUUGCGCAAGUACACAAACAAAGCCAGCUGUUUGACUGGGUUAAACAGUGGGACUGGGACCAUCAAAAUCUCUCGGUACUGCAAGUUCCAAAAGAUUGUUCCUCGGCUAAGGUCAGUUCACGCGGAAGCUCGAACUUCGUCGGAUGGCGAACACGGACAAUUGGAUUGUUGGCUAGGCGCAGAAGGGCGGGCCAAGGGAACGAAAGGAGCAGAGGUCGUCACCCGGAUACAGACAAAACUUUUCCGAGUGCCCCAGUCCCCAGUCCUCGAGUCACAGCAUCCAAUCCUAGAAACGUGUUGUAAAAAUACUUGUUGUGAAAAUAUUCAAAACACACCGUACAGAUGCUUUCGAGCCACUGCGUUUUGGGAUGUGGAUGCAGAUUUGGCUGUGGUUUUCGAAUCGGCACAACCAAACAGCUAACGUAAUUCAUAAAGUUGCAUAAUUACGCCACAUGAAUGGCUGGCGAACCCAAUUUGGGCGUUGCAGUUGCAUGUUGCCAUUGUUGAUGCACUGCCGCAUUUUUCGCUGGCCACUUUGUUUGCGGCUACCGCCAUGGAAACGUGUCGCACCUGUGCGAUUUCCAUGUUUGUGUGCGAUUUCGAGAAUGGCAGCAACAACAGCCACUUCCUGGACCUCCAUCAUCCCAACUGCUGGCCUAGCGAAAUGGCCCAAAUUCGCCUGCAAUUCGUCAACUGGAAUCUAAAGAUCUCUCCCAAUGAUGGGUUGCCUCAGAAGAUAUGCAGCGACUGCUUCACCAAGUUCUGUUCGAUAAAUGCAUUCCGAGUGGCCUGCCAAGAGGCACAGUUGAAGCUGUCGAACAUUUACGAUAAGAUCGAUGCCAGUAGCCUAGACGUCGAGCACCAGGAGGAAUUGGACCAAGCAGAGGAGAAUCAGGGAACAGAAACAUCCAAACCAACAACGACGGUUUCAGUCGAAACACAACAACCAAACACUGCCAGUGAAACCAUACAGAUUUUUGUGGAUGCCGUAGACAUCGACGAGGAGAACGGGGAGGAGGAGCAAUUACCGGAGGAUUUGGCCUCUCAGGACCUAACCAUUAGCUAUGCCUGCAAGUUUUGCCUGCGACCGCAGGAGAGCUACCAGCUGCAGCAACUUUUACUGGAGCACAUCAACACCAGCCACGAUCCGGAGCAGCCGUACAAUUGUCCGGAGUGUGAGGCAUGCUUCCAGGAUGCCGCCUCGAGGACAGUGCAUCUGAAAAACAGCCAUGUGGAAAAGCAACAUGCCUGCGAGGUGUGUGGCAAGAAGUAUAGCGAUCGGCAUAAUCUGCGCCACCAUGUGGAGAAGUACCAUUCGGAGACGGAUUUCGAGUGCGCAUUGUGUGAGAAGCGCUUCUACACCCGCAAGAGUCUGAACUACCACAUGAAAUGGCACAAUCCGGAACGCCAGUUCAAGUGUCGGCACGUUGGAUGCGAGCGACUCUUCAUCAGCCAACGACACCUUAUGUGUCAUGAGGCCACCCACUCGGGAACUAGCUCCAGGAAGAGCGAACACUGCGGCUUCUGUGGAAAGACCUUUAUUCACCUGAAAACUCUUCGCUGGCACAUUUAUAGACAACACGGCGGAGAGAAGCCCUACAAAUGUGCCAACUGCUCGGAGGUUUUCGCAUCCUAUGCGGAGAAGCGGAUUCAUAUGUUGGAGCGGCAUAGGGAGAAUUUAACUGCAAUAGAGCGGAGCGAGUGCAUGUUGUGCCGUCAGCCCUUUACCAGUGAAUCGGAUCUAAUACACCACAUGUCCGUGGAGCACCUGCAGCGACCUGGAGCUCCGGUGAUCGCCAACAAUAAACGGGUGUUACAGCAGAAGCGCGAACGUCAGUACUCCGGACUCUUUCAAUGUGGCAGCUGCACGCAGAGGUUCAACAUGAAGUCGGCUCUGGAGCGACAUGCUGCAGUUCACUCGGAGAAGGACCGCCCACAUGCCUGUCCGCACUGCUCGAAAAGGUUCAAGCGGGCCCAAGACAUGAAGUGGCAUAUCAAAACGCAUGAGAAGGAAAAGCCUAAUGUAUGCGAUGUUUGUGGUAAGGCCUUCGCGCUAAAGUAUGUGCUUACCCAGCACCGGUUGAGUCAUGAGGUAUUGGAGAAGAACUUCAAGUGUAAUGUUUGCGGUCGAGCCUAUCUGUUUGAGAAGUCAUUGCGGCUGCAUCAACGAGUUCACACUGGCAAAACCUACUAUAAAUGCGAUCUCUGUCAAGAAAGAUUUGUCACGCACAUUAAGCUUAAAACUCACAUGCAAAAGACACACGCCUCUCAGCCGCACUCCGCGGACCACCCUCUGGAUGAUCUGAUCAACAUUGUGAUUUCCUAACCAAGUGGAACAGCAAAGAUUUCUGUUAUAGCUAAGCACAAACACAGAAACUGUAAUGCAUUGGGAGCGUAGCUCUCUGAACUCAAGCCUACAUAGACCAUACAUACCCUCCAUCCAAUUACUAGACCACAUGCACACAGCGAUCUUAGGAUCGUUAAUGUGCUUAGAGCUUUAUUUAGUAAAUACUCUGUAGGCGAAAUCUAACUCUAUAUCCCAUAUAACUCUGUCCAUUUCUUCUAUCAGUCCUUAAGGCGCUUGGGCUCCAUAUCUCUUUCUAUCUCUGAUUCAUAUUUAUCUCACAGAAAGCCUCAAAAACUAAAAGCACUUAUAUCCACUUGACCAUUUAGCGAUAAGCAAUAAGCAAUGUGAACAAAAAACAUGUUAUAAGAGCAAUUUAAGCUUAAUGGCAAACUUUUAAUGCUCAAGAAAUGCAUUUAUUUCCAGAUGAAACCGAGAAGUAUUUACAAUAAUUACAGAAAAUGUAUAAAAAUAUUUAAAAUAUUAAUAUACUAUAAAUUUUAAGAUACGUAGUUGCAGAUAUAUUUACCAAAUUCAUGUUCCAAGUAAACAUUCAUUUGACCAAA